GACAGUCGCGAUGCAUGUCUUCAAAAAUGCUCGCAAUUUGAUGUAUAUAUUUAAAUGAGGUUACAGCUUAAAUAUGGUAGUAUUUUAGUCUUCGAUAUCCUCGAAGCGAAUGACAUUUUUAGCGACUGAAGCGGCAUUCUCGAAUCAGCGCGUUACAUCAAUGACUCCGCCGAUCCUGGUGGAAUCCCAUGUUGGUCACGUGGGACGUAUGUCACCCUGUAUUACCCACUGUCAUUCGCAGUAAUAUCCUAUCUUCAGAGGACCUUUCCUUCAGCAUAUAAACCUUGAAAGACUAUUCUUUUACUCGCAGGCAGUUUUUCUUCGUCUCGAAUAAAGGUGUAUGUGAAAAGACUGAAAGAUGAUUUUUCCGUGGGAACGACUCCACUCGACUCGCUGUUGUCUCUGCUGUCAUGUUCGAACCGGGACCAUCAUACUCGGAAUCUGGUACAUGCUCAUCAACUCUGUGGUCCUCCUCAUCCUCCUCACUGCACUAAGUGACCCAAACCAGUAUCACCUGACCAGCGCUGAGCUGGCCAAUGAUCUUGAUGUCAUGGACGAUGCCAAUAUGUGCAUUGCUUCUGCAAUCUCUUUAGUCAUGAUAGUGAUAUGUGGCAUGGCAACGUAUGGAGCUUACAAGCUACGUGCUACUUGGAUCAUUCCAUUCUUUUCCUACCAAGUCUUUGAUUUUGCUCUGAAUUCCCUGGUGGCGGUGAGCAUCGUGGUCUAUCCCAACACCAUCCAAGACUAUCUGCAGCAGCUGCCUGGAAACUUCCCCUAUAGAGAAGAGGUCAUGUCCAUGAACAAUGAGUGUCUGGUCCUUAUCGUCCUCCUCUUCAUCACCUGCAUCUUAGCUUUUAAGGCAUAUCUCACGCUGUGUGUUUGGAGCUGCUACAGGUAUGUAAGCAGCAGAAGAGUUGCAGAGGUGCUUGUGUAUGUCACCAACCCAAAUGACACCACAGUCCUGCUGCCUCCAUAUGAUGACGCAAUUGCAAUCCCUGUCAAGAAAACUCCACCUCCAUUCAUGCUGUCUUGAGUUAACUGCCUCUUAUCUCUUAAAAGAACUGGCAAUGAUGGUGUGGCUUCAUGUACCGCCCACCCCUACCCACCACCCCUUUUUCCUGAAUCUAAAGAGUUCUGAAUCUCUUUAGUCAGAUAGUGAAAGUACACUUAACACUUAACAUUUAUUCUGAUUGAGGAGAGAAUAUGGUAAAUAUAAUAUGCUCCCCGCCCCCAAAGUAUUAUUUUAUCUAAAUUUGCAUGUACACGGUCUUAUAUAUUGUAGAAAUCAGAAAGGGAGAGUUAUGGGGACCAUAGCGGAGAAAUUAUAAACUGAGAAGAAACAAGACUAACCAAAGAAAGGAAAGCUAACAGUAUACGGUAAAUAAAACUAAUAGUAACCGAGAAGGUAUAAAACCAAGCCUAUUCUAAUGUAUAAAUCCACAAGAAAUGACAAUACCACUGCUAAUGCUAAUAACAAAAGAACAAGGGCGGGGCGGGGCAGCACCAUGGCUGACCGUGUAGCGACAAGACUCCGCUCGUAGACUCUGUAAGAGUUGAGCUUUGAUACCAGUCCUGUAACGAUAAAGGGGAGCAAGCCACAUGUGUUAAUAUUCAGGACAGAGGGAGCAGUGGAUGUUCGCUGCGUGAGGCGGGCCGUGGCAUUUACUCAUAAAUAACAUUUGACAUCAGUGACACAUGAGGUCAUAUAAUGACAAUAACACAGAUAGAUACACAGGCUAUA